AUGUUCGCCUCGCCUCUGGCCAAGGGCCCGCCCGCCAUGCUGACUCCCUGGGCCUGCCGUGAUCCCGUUCACCCCUCAGUCCCCACUCCUUUCCUCCGAUCCCUCUGGAGGCCUUCCCGUCGAGCAACACAGACCACCAGUUCAACACUGUCCUCACCCUCAAGUAAUGCCCCAGACCCAUGUGCAAAGGACGCUGUUCUGAGGGCCCUCGAACAGAAGAAGAAAAGGACAGUGCAGGAGGAGGAAGACCAAAUACCUGCUGCUGGUCAGGAAAAUAAGAGAAGGUGUCAUGACAGCAGUGGGAGUGGACAUUCAGCAUUUGAGCCCGUGGUGGCCAACUGAGUCCCUGCUGCUUUUGUGCCUAAGCCUGCACCUCUGAAGAGAGGCCUCAAUUCCCAGAGCUCAGACAGCCACUUGCAUAAGAGAUCCCACACCUCUGCUGUGAGCUCCUCAACAAGCAUAUGCACAUGUGGCAUCCCCAUGUCCAGCCACAAUGCCAUUACCAGUUCCUACAGUUCCAUUGGAGGGAUCACUCAGCUCUGGAAGAGAAGGGGUCCCAGUGCCUCACCCUUCUCCAGCCCUUUCUCAUCCCUCCCGCAGACAGCAGAGAGGCCAGCGAAGAAAAUAAGAGAAGAGGAGCUUUCUCAUCAUUCUGGCUCCUCAGCUCCCUUGGUAAGAGACAAGGAGUCCCAGGGAGAACAGGAAUCUGCUGGAGUGGCAGCCACCAUGGCCUGUUCGCCCCUGAAGACACCUGGCCUUCUGGGCCCUCUUCGCUCUUCACAGCCAGGGCCCCUCCCAGGCCCAUCCUCAGACUCCACAUCCAAGCCGCCUGCCACGCCUGCUCCAACAACAGCCAUCACCUUCAGCCAGUCCCUGCCCGGCGCCGUCCAGACAGCUGCUGGUAGCAGCACUGCCAGUUUCGGUGGCUUCAGUGGUGCCCUCACAACCUCCACCCCAUCACCUGCACUGACAUUCAGCAGCACUAGCACCCCAGCCUUCAACAUUCCCUUUGGUUCCGGCACUGGGCCCCCUGUCCCAUCCUAUCCUGAAGCCACCCCACAGCCCACAUUUGGGACCACUGAUGGACAGCAGAUGGGGGCUGCCAAGCCAGCCCUGGCCCCCAGCUUCAGCAGCUCCUUUCCUUUGGGAAGCUCAGCAGCCCUGGCCCCACCUGCAGCUCCAGCACCGAUCCCAUGCCAACCAGUCUUUGGCAGCGCUGCACAGUCAGGUUUUCAUGGGUUGAAACCCACAGCCUUUGUCUUUGGCACCCCCUCCAGCACCCAGGCAACCUUUGGCAGCAUCACAGCUGUUUCCCCCUUUUUUGCAGCCACCACCUUGGACUUUGGAGCUACGACCCAGACCACCAGCAGCGGGACCAGUAGCUCAGUGUUUGGCAGCACCACCUCAUCGCCCUUCACGUUUGGGGUGUCAGCCGGCCCUGCUGGCAGUGGGGGCUUUGGGAUGAAUGUGGCUGCCCCCUGCAGCAGCUCCACCACUGGGGCACUUGGCUUUGGGGCAGGACACAGUGGGACCACUGGCAGCAUGGCCCCUUUUGGGGGAGGCUUGAGUCAGAACUCCCUGGGUGCAGCUGGACAGAUCACACCCUUUGCCUUCAAUGUGGCCAGCACGCCUCAGAACAAAUCCGUGUUUGCAGGCACAUCCACAUCCACCUUUGGUCAGAACACCCCUGCCCCUGGGGAGGGCUCACUGGGCAGCAGCCUCCCCUCUGGGGCGUCCUCAGCACCUGCCCAGGGCUUUGCUGGAGUUGGAACCUUUGGAUCGCCGGCCGCAUCCUUUUCCAUUGGUGCAGGAUCCAGGACCCCAGGGGCCUGACAGCAAAUGCAGGCCCGGAGGCAGCACAUCCACAAGUAG